GGGACAACACCUAUAAAAUCCGCAGCCGCUUCGGCCCUUCAGUUCUCUAAGCAUAGCGCGCUCGACACAACCCAGCCUACAGCCCACAACCAUAUCCGUUCAAUCAAUCGCUAUCGUCGAUAAAGAGCAGGCCGUCCCUGAAAUGGAGGUUCAAUCUCAGAAGCCGACACCAACACUUGAGGGUAUGCCGGUCGAGGUCAUGUCACUGAUCUUAACGAGCGUCAAGUAUAAAGCCGAUAACGAAGACGACGAGUACGUGCUCGGCAAUGGUGACCUAUGCAAUAUUCGCCUCGUUAGCCGUCGAGUCUGUCAGACUUCCGAAGAUGCCUUCGCACAACGCUUCUUCAUCUCCCGCAAGCAUAUGCUCUCCCGUACUAGCCUUCAGGCCUUGGUAGACAUAUCUCGUCACCCCGUCUUUAGCAACUACGUCCGGGAAGUUGCCAUUGGACCCGAGCGAGUUAAUGCCCCAGUUAUUGCCAUUUUCGAGACGUUCCUGACAGCGUUUAUGGGAGAAGUAGAAACGGAGGCGUGGAAGGCAAAAUUUGGCCCGCGCCAGGAGAAACUUAUACUGGAGCAGGAGGAAUUCGAUACCAGCGGGCAGGCACUGGAUUUGCUCAAGGUUGCUCUGGAGGGCUUCGAGCACUUGACCAAUAUCCGGCUUGAUUCGUAUCCACGUUCAAACAACGAUGGCGAAUGGACUCGGGCCUGGGGAGCGAAGACGAUCCUCGAGCAAUUGGGUGAGGGUCAAUUCAAUCCGCUAUCCUGGCCAGACACCUGCUAUGCACUCGCAGACGAAGGCGGUUCGGGUCCAAAGCUGCAUCGGCAUUACGACGUCGUCAUCCAGGCCUUGCAGUCCAUCAAAUGCCGCAAAGUCUGGACUAUAGAGGUCAGCCUAGAUUCCGUUGACCUAUGCGUUGAGAAGGAGCCCUUCGUUAUCACGUCUCGCGAAUGGCAUGCCUGCAAGGAUCGUGUGCGUAGCAUCCGCCUUGGAGGGACGACCAAGGACGGACCAACUAUAAUAGGCGCAAACUGGAUGGAUCGGCUUCUUCGAGGGUGUAAGAAUGUGGAGUCGUUGACUUUUACGAAUGAGUGCCGGAUUGAACCGAUCAUUCGUCAAGAAUGGUGGGCCAAUGUCACGAGUCUGACGCUACGGGACUGCCGCGUUCGGAGCUUUGAAUUCCGCAACUUCCUUGUCAAGCACUCAGACACUCUCGAGAUAAUCGUCUGCUCAGGCGUGAGCUUGACGAGGUGGCUCAUGUCAUCUCAAUUUCGCACACAGCCCAGUUCUGUUAAGGAGAUUGACCCGUCAUGGUUUAUCGAGUUCGAAGUCAUGAGGUCAAUGCCCCGUCUACAGAAGUUGGAGCUUUCCAAGCUCUCGUGGUGGAUUGACUACGGGGUUAUCCUCCCGAACCACGAAGAGGACGUGGCGAAGCGUGAGGCACAAGGCGGAAGUGACAGGAUUAUGGCGGAGGGGAGCAACAUUGUCGUUCUAUUGAACCGCGCGAUCCGGGAUCGAACUACUGUCGACAAAGCUCCAAAAGUCCGAGUAUGGUUUUCAGAAGACAAGGUCCGUAAGGACGGCUGCGGUGUAGCGGAAGCGGAUAGCCCUCCAUGAGACUAGGGUUGAGGUGUUCGUCGAAGGCGAUAUGGAAUGCGCUCUCUUGCACACCUGGGCACAAGCUUCGGCUUCGCCCUGUGCGAUGACGAAGAGCACCGGGCCUCUGGGCCUUGCAACGGUGAGAUAGAUCCGGUGUGGCCAGUCGACG